GUGCAGCGACAGACACACCUCAGAGAACUUGGCAGAGGAACUGUUGAGAGUGGCCAGAGAAUGGCAAGUAGAUGGAAAAGUGGUCUGUUGUGUUAGCGACAAUGCAGCUAACAUAACCAAAGCUAUGAAAAUGUUAAAAUGGACCCAUCAUCCAUGUCUUGCCCACACAAUCAACCUGAUUGUAAGAGAUGCUCUGAAGGUGAUGAAGCCCGCUGUGGACAAAGUGAAAGCAGCUGUGGAAUACUUCCACAGGAGCACAGUAGGUGCUGAAAAGCUAAAGUCUACACAACGCCAGAUGAGGAUGACUGAGCUGAGGCCUAAACAAGACUGCACUGUGGAAUUCAACAUUUAUAUGUUGAAGCGGUUUCUUGAGUCAAAGGAUGCCAUCAUCUCUACCCUGACCAUUGUCAAUGCACCUGUUGAUGCUCUGACCCAAGAGGAAUGGGAGGUGGUGGAGGAGGUGUGCAGAGUCCUGGAACCCUUUGAGCAGGUCACUGUGGAGAUCAGUGGAGAGAGCUAUGUGAGCAGCCUCAAAAAUGAUACUCCUGUUUAAGGGUCUGCUGCGAAUCACAGCCAGCCGCCAGAGAGAAGCAAAUGUAACCACAGGACAUGUGACAGAGUUGAUGGACACACUAUGUUCAUCAAUGGACAGAAAGUUCCACAGAAUGGAAUAUAAUCACGUGCUAUCAGAAACCGCUGCACUUGACCCCAGGUUUAAGAAGUUAGCCUUCAGUGAUGCCAGAGCGAUUGAUGAGGCUCUUCAAAGAAUAACCUCAGCAGCAGGGAGGGACAGCCCCAGCAGUCAGCUGGCUCAGGCACCAGGGCAACAGGAAGAUGAGGGAUCAGAUGGAGCAGAAGCACCAGCAGUAGUGCCACAAACAUCUGCUGUUUGGAUGCUGUUUGACGGCUCGUUCGAGAGGAGAGCAACUGGGGAUGCAGAACAAAGGAAUCCCUCAGCAGAUGCCAUAGUGGAGGUCCGAUCCUAUUUGGAGGAGCCCCUCCUCUGAGCUGGUGGAAGAACAAGGCCUCUGUCUACCCACGGCUUACUUAAGUCAUAACAGGGAGACUCUGCAUUGUGGCCACAUCCGUUCCCUCUGAGAGGGUCUUCUUGAAAACGGGACAAAUAAUUACUGAGAGAAGAAACUGCAUCAGCCCCUCGAAAGUGAGACAGCUUGCAUUUCUGAAUGCAAAUCUCUCAUAAAAGCAAAAUAUGGUCAGCAUUGCUGUGUGCUGCUGGUUAUAACAUGGCAAUAAAGAAGAGGGAGAAAAGAGGGGCCAGUUUAAUGUUUUAAGUGGGAUGCUGCAGUUUUGCACAUUGUUAUUUAUUUUUC